UCAGCGAACCAAUCCGCAAUCAAAAGCUACGGGCGUCACUUGCUGCGGUCCGCAAUGUUUUGAUACAGUUGCUAAAAAUGUUGAGAACAUAUGUGUGGUGGUUAAAGAACGAAGACGUGUAUUUUUUCUCUGGGGAAUACUAUUCAAGGUUCGAAUGGACACAAUACACAUAGAAUUUCUGUAUGUACUUUGUUAAUGUUUUUUAUUUUUUAAUCGAUACUCUUUUUAGCUUCGGUUAGUUGCCAUGACUUGAAUUCCGCUAAUAAGCAAUGUGAAGCUAAGGUGAUAUCAAUGUGAAGCUAAGGGUAGCUAUAGUGAUAUCAUGAUAUUGUUUAUUGGUAGCUAUGAUCGUGAAGCUUUUAUACGCACACGCGUUUUAUUGUCUUUACCCGUCGUAAAUGUUCACACAUCGUAGUAUUUAUCACUUUUCCGGUCCGGUCGGGACGGACAAAGAUGGCUUUGGCAGAUACGUGUGCGGAUCAAUGACAACAGAAGUUGUGCACCGCAGCGCCUGAAUCGUGGCUUUGUUUCUCUUAUGACACACGCAAUUCAUGCACAGUUAGAUUCAGUGGAAUCGCUUUUGGACGAGCACCCCUAUAUGUUUUAUCUGGGCCUAUUCUUUGUGAACGUUCUCAUCCUCUACUAUGCCUUCCUCAUGGAGUACAUAGUCCUGAAUGUGGGGAUAGUAUUUCUGCCAGAGGAUAUGGAUCAGGCCCUGGUGGACCUAGGGGUUCUGUCUGACCCGGCAUCCCUCCCUUACGACACGGACACGGACCUGGAUGUGUUUGAGGGAUACCUGGACUGAUGAGACUGGUGCUGAUGAAGGUGAUGAGGAUGCAGAGGUCGGGGGCCUGCUUGGACCUCCGUUGGAGAGGCAAAAGGUUGUCUCGGUUGAAAACAAACCAAAGAGAACCUGUUGGGCUUCCGUCCCUUGAAGAAGACUCAUUCUACCAGCACCGGACGCUGCACCGCUGCUUUAUGUCCGUCACCCGAGCCGCACUGUGGAUUAAAAGCGAUUAAUCCGGGAGAAGAGAAGCAUGUCCAUUGCACCAUCAGAGCCUAAAAAGCUGUUGAACAGCAUCUACAGCACAGCAUGCCAAUUCAUUAGUUCACGCUUUUAAUUGCUUCCAAUGGAACUUGAUUGAACUGGAAUGUGUUGCCGGCGCUCACGCUUGGGUGAGAGGUGUGUUACAGUAAAUACCUUGUGAGUUUAUUCACUUCAUAAAGUCAGACAUUUUUGCACCGUGUUAAAGUCUGCAGUGUAGCUAACAUAAGCUAUUUCUGAAAAUACAGUUUUACACACAGGAAAAUAAAUAUUACCUUCAAAUGAAGCUGAAAGGAGGUACUUGAGUUAUGCAUACUUUUUAGUAUUUUACACAUGGAAGAGACUUGAAAAGGACUCAUGUUGGCUGUACAUUGUUAUGUUUUUGGUUCUAUGAAUUCAUACUUUUGAAGCAAUAAUGAACUGGAUUGAAGAAACUGGCUAAUAAACAGUUCUGCUUUGCGGGCGAGUGAAAUAAAAGCAUCUUUCACCGAGACAAAACUUUGUUUUGUAGCUGCAGUAUCAAAGAAAAAGCGUGUGGGACGAUGGAAUGUGUGGAAAACAAAACAGGGAGCAGCCUCGACUUAACUUCUAACCAGUUCCUUGAAACCACGUGUUGUUCAUGUGGGUGUCAUGCUACAUUGUGACCACAAGGGUGUGCUACUGUACCUUUAAAGCGGGGACAUCAUGGGGUGUUGCACUGAAGAGUAACAGUUGACGUGGACAUAAUUUUCAUAGGAGCCGCUAAGGAGAAGAGAAACCCGUUGCGGAGGAAGUCACAGGUUUUUAAUAGAACAAAAAACAGACGAGAUUAGUGAAGUGACAUAAAUAUGUUGACAAUAUACAAAACUGACACACACAUAAAACAAUACUGUAAUACAGUAUUGCAGUAUUGUAGUGCUUUCAAGUCAUUCCUUUGUUAUUUCUUGAGUGUCAAACAAGAAUAGUGCAAAUACUGUAUGUGGCCUGCACAUACUGUAUAUAUAUAUAUAUAUAU